AUGACUUUAAAUCCAUCGACGUCUACAUUUGAAUUAUCAGUGAAGAUUGAACCACACAAUGCACCACUUCAUCAAUUCAACAAUAACAAUAACAACAAUAAAGAAACAACAAAUAAUUACUUUUCGGAAAGAAAAAAACGAAAAUACAAGAUUAAUACGAAAUGUGGAAGUAUUGAAUUUGACAUUGAAAGAAUAUUAACUUUUCUAGUCAUGUUUGUGGUUGUUGCUUCUCUUCUUGGUUUGGCUAUAAUGAGUGGAUUUGGUUUCAUUCGAAGUUAUAAAGAAUUAAGUGUUUACUAUUAUGGUGGUAAAUCAACAGGUUAUUCUAUUGAAUUAUCAACAUAUAUGAGAAUAGUAUUAUCUUCUGAUAUAAUAAUUAAUGACAGAUGGCUUUUAAAAAUCAAUUCAACUUUUGAGAAUUGGUUGUAUGCUUCUGAAUGGGCAAUUUUUCAUUCUUUCUAUGUUGAUUAUUAUGAAAUUCAAUUACCACAAAUAGUUAAAGACAUUCAGAAAGAAUAUGAACACUUGUACAAUUCACUACUAUUACAAAAUAUUAACAAGACAAGUCAAUUUCAAUAUUUUCAAAAUGAAUUUGUGAAAAGUGUUGAAAGUUUCAAUGUGGAUUAUCUUUUGAGUGCUUAUAGAUAUAGUCUAGCUAUUAAUGAAAGAGAAUCAAGUUAUAUUGUCAUUACUUCUAUAAUUGGAACUAUUGUUUGUGCCUUGAUAUUACUAAUUAUACUUCCAACUGGUUUUAUUGCUACUUUUGGAAGAAAUAACAAAUUAUUGGAAAAAUUACAAAAAGUCAAUGCAAAGGAGGUUUUGAAAACUAUAAAUGAUCCUUAUUUGAACGAUCCAUUUCGGAAAUUCUGCAAAGAAAAUCAAAAACUUAAUUACUUUCUAUUUUUGGAAAAAUCAUUACUAUAUUCAGAAUAUUGUGAAGAAAUAUUUAAUUUAAAUUCAAUUGAAAAUUACUUGAAUGAUAGUAGUACCAAUUCUAUAGAAACUAGAAUUGAUGAAUUUGAAUCUAAAAAAUGUGAAAUUAUCUUUGAAAUCAAAACUGAAUUUCUAAAUUCGAAAGGUGAAUAUUUUCUUGGUGAAAAACAAAUUGGCGGGAAGAAAGAAAUUCAAAAAGUGAAAUUGGAAUUCAAAUCCAAUCCAAUGAAUUUAUCUGAUAAUUUAUUAGAUGAAAUUGAAUCGAAUAUUUCAAUUUGUUUAAUUUCAACACUCAAAUCAUUUCAAUCAAAUCUUAAAAAUAAGAAAUUCAUCUCAACCAAGUCGUUACAAUAA